AUGCUCAUCAUCGGGCUCACUGGCUCCAUAGCCACGGGCAAAUCCACGGUCUCUUCCAUCCUCUCCUCCCCACCCUACUCCCUCCCCAUCGUCGACGCCGACAUCCUCGCCCGCAAGGUCGUCGAGCCCGGCACGGCCGGCUACAAAGCAAUCGUGAACUACUUUGGUCCCAGCACCCCCGACCUUCUCCUCGAGGAUGCCCCUGCUCCCUCUCCACACGGCAAACCGCUCAACAGGCCCGCUCUAGGCCGCCGCGUCUUCGGCGACACGGAAGAGCGCAAGCGCGAUCGCCAGGUCCUUAACGGAAUUAUCCACCCCGCCGUGCGCUGGGAAGUCUACACUGCGCUGAUUUACCACUACCUACGCGGCCAAUGGGCCGUGGUUCUCGACGUGCCGCUGCUCUUUGAGAGCGGCAUGGACCUCAUCUGCGGCACGGUUAUCGUGGUCGGCGUCCACGACCCGGCCAUCCAAAUGGCGCGCCUGCGCGCUCGCGACCCCCACCUCACCGCCGAGGACGCAGAGAACCGUGUACGCAGCCAGGGCGAUGUGCGGACCAAGGCAGCCCAGGCCGAGUUCCGGGGCACCGCCGCGGCGCGGGGCGUGGUGGUCUGGAAUGAUGCAGAUAAGGUGGAGCUAGAGGCAGCCGUGAAGGAGGCGAUGGCGAGUAUUGCGGCAUCGAGUCCGCGGUGGUGGGCGUGGGCGUUGCUAAUUGCGCCGCCGGUUGGGAUGGGAGUUGCAGUGUGGAAUUUGGUGGUCAAUUUUGCGACGCAGAAGGGAUGGGAGAAGAGGAGGAGGGAGGAGAAGGCGAAGCUGUGA